AUGGGAGAGCUGGACAAAAUAGUUUUGCCCGCCUCCUGCAGCAAAACCAAAUCACCCACAUUCAGGUAUUGGACGCACUCUGGUGAAAUCAUAAGAGUAACGUGCGAUGAUGACCUGACGUUGGAAUGGCUAAAAACCAAGGUACCGACCUUAAAAACAUGGGAAGGAGCAACACUCGCAGUUGUAAGGAUGGACGAGCUCCUUAAGCUCACCAAAGCCUCUCUCUGGAUCCCCGGGGAAGCACAAGCUGACCUUAACGAGAAGGAUGUUGUGCUCAGGCGACUUGAGCGUCAAAACCCAAAAUUGUAUGUGCCGAAAUGGUGCACCUUCCAUCAUGAAACCACAAUAGACCCCAAGGGCCAACUCUUCGUCUUCGUAGACGAAGACAUGAAAACCCUAAAGGCCAAAUGA